AUGUCAAAUGGUACUGGUAACCAUGGUGUAUUACGCCAGACCAUAACUCAACAACUGCCUCAAGAAGUCUACCAGAAGAAAGGCUACGUGCCAUCCAGUCGGCCGACUACUGGGGCCGUGAGCGAUCGUAGGCAAAAGGAAUUAUUGGUGAUGUCAGCGGCCGAUAUCAUACACGGAACUAAUCCUAUGAUAUGGCGCACCGCUGACAUCAGGAUGAGGAGCGAUCAGUGCGCGUCGUUUGAGGUCGGCUUCGUCUUUAAGACUCUGGAGAACACCUAUGGAAAAAUGCUGGACCUAUACAAUACGACGGUGCAGAUACGCAAGAAGAAUACCAAUAUAGACCACAUGGACCACAUGAUGUUUUUGCAGAAGUUUGAGAAGCUACACUGGCGGAUAUAUCACCUGCACAACAUGCUUCACGAGGUCGAGAGGAAAUACAAGAUGGACGCCAUCAUCAACGGAUCGGGCAUGUUCCAAGAUGGUAAACGCUGGACGCGCACCACACGGCAUGGAAACAGAUCGGUCAAGACCAAGACCUUCACCUGGCCCAAGCGCACCACCAGCUGGUGGCGACCGCUGGAGUACGGCUGGAAUACAGACUACUUCUACUGGUAA